GCCUAUUAUAUACAGUAGUUUAGUCCAUUAUUCACUUUCAGAUGUCAUGCUGGCAAUGGGUGAUGCGGACAGUUUUUAUGGCAUAAGGAAGCGUAUCAAUGUCUACAGACACAAGGGUGGAAAAAACUAAUCAGCAAAACAAACGACAACAAAUAUGGCUUCAGGAUAUAAAGGUAAUGAAACUGAUGUGAAGAUUUUGCUGCUGGGAGCUUCUGGAGCUGGAAAGAGUUCAAUGGGGAACGCAAUACUGGGUCGAGAGGCGUUUAAAGGUAGCAGAACGAGAGAGAGCGAGAUACAGAGAGGAAGAGUAGAAGACAGAAACAUCUCGAUCAUCGACACUCCAGGAUUCUUCAACACUCACCUGACUGCUGAAGAGCUGCAGAACGAAAUGAUGAAGAGUCUUUAUCUCUGCUAUCCUGGACCUCAUGUGUUUCUGCUCAUCAUCAACCUGGAGAACUUCACAGACGACCACAGGAACAUUGGGCAGACAAUCCUGGACAACUUCGGUCCUCAAGUCUUGAAGUUCACAAUGGUGCUGUUUAGUGGAAGAGAGAAAAUGACAAACAGAAAAUGGAAGCUCUUAAUGGAAAGUAGAAAGUUUCAGGACACAGUCGGUCAAUGCGGAGGUAAAUAUCACGCAAUCAACAGUAAAAAUGACAUUAUUCCCACUCACAUCAGAAAGCUGCUGGAGAAGAUUGAUGAAAUCCUCAAGCAGAAUGAUGGCCAGCAUUACGACAUUGAUAUUCGCUUAAAAACUCCAAUGAAGACGAGAAAAGAAAAGAUGAAACAAGAGAACGAAAAUGCAGUGCAAAAGAAGCAAGAGCAGAAGAAAGUAGUGCAGGAGACAUUUCAUAUGCACACUGUAAAGGAAAAGAGCACAACAAAUGUGACUGAAAAGAGGGAUUGUGUUACUUAUGUGACUAAAAUUGAGAGAAUGGAAGUAAACAGAUACUCUCGAGUUCUACCUGAAGAUAAGUAUGAUGAAGAGAUGGUGGGAAAACACUCAAAAUCAAGGAGAAACUCUUUUGACAAUAUAAGAAAGCAGGAAAAAUGCAGGAAAGGUAAUGGCACAGACAAACAGGACCAGAAAAAACAACAUAUAGCGGACGAACGGCAUACAUUUCAAACAGAGUCCAAACAGAAAGAACACAACAAGCCUGGCGAAUGCACAGAUCUCAGGAUCGUGAUGGUGGGUAAAACCGGAGCCGGAAAGAGCGCCACAGGAAACACCAUCCUGAGACGAAAAGUGUUCAAGGAAGAACUAUCGGCUAAAUCUGUGACCGAGAAAUGCCAGAAGCACCAGCGGGAGGUGAGCGGCAGAAUCAUCUCCGUCAUCGACACUCCAGGACUGUGUGAUACGUCAAUCAGCGAAGAAGAACUGAAGAAAGAAAUCGAGAAAUGCGUCUACAUGUCUGCUCCUGGUCCUCACGUGUUUCUGCUGGUGCUCAGACUGGACGUCAGACUCACGAAUGAAGAGAAAAACACGGUCAAAUGGAUCCAGGAGAACUUUGGAGAAGAAGCCAAUGGAUACACCAUCAUCCUCUUCACUAGAGGAGAUCAGAUUAAAACAUCCAUAAAGGAGUUUCUGGCAAAUAACGAGGAGAUGCGAGCACUAGCUGAACAGUGUAAAGGUGGAUAUCAUGUCUUUAACAACACAGAUGAAGAAAACAGAUCUCAGGUCAGUGAGCUGCUGGAGAAGAUCGAAUCAAUGCUGGAGGAAAACGGAGGACAGUUUUACACCAAUGAGAUGUUCAUGGAGGCUCAGAAACAAAUAGAGGAAGAAAAAAAGCGGCAGAGAGAGGAAUACGAGAGAAAGAAGCUGGAGGAGGAGGAAAAUAUAAGGGCGGAUGAGAAAAGGAGAUUGAUAAAUAAAGCUCUGUUGUCGACGGGUGUAGCAGUGAGCACCGGAGCCGCAGCUGUUUCAGGAGUGAGUUUGAGUCCAGUUUUACUCUCAGGGCUCGCAGUGGCCGGAGGAGCAGCUUUAGCCUCCGCUUCUGAUGGAGCGACGCUUUCUGAAGCUUUAAUGGCAGGAGCUGCAGCCGCUGGGAAUGCUGCGCUCGCCUCCAUCACUGGAGAAACUAAUCUGUCUUCAGCUUUAAACAGAGGCCGGAGGAGGGAAUCAAACUACAGUUAAACAAGAUUCACAUUAUACGUAUUCAGGUCUACAUUUCUGGAGACAGCAAAAUAUGUAACCGGAGAUACAUCUGCUUGCAGUUUUUUGCAAAUCCACUAGAGGUCUUUAUUUUGAUGAUCUCAAUUUUCUCUCGGCUGAAUCCUCCAGAGGGCGCAAUAUACACUUCAGCUGACUAGGCUAGCUUGCUGUCGACUGACUGACAGACUCACCCACCCAUUUCCUUCCCUAACCCCAACCGAUAGUGUUUUCAAAAGCAAUCUAGAAAAAGAAAAGCUGUCAUGGCCAUGUGAUUUCACCACCUUUUCAGCCUGUUGUUUAUUCAUUUAUACAUUUUUGCUUUUGUUUUACCUGGUUUCUGGAAUUGAGGACUGGAACCCUGUCAUCUAUGGUCAACUACGCUCCACAUCCCAAGUGAAUCGGCGUAUGCGGUGAGCUACUGGACAAACUGGUAACACUGUAGAAGGCGUCCAUGUGGAGGUAAGCGGGUAUCGGUAACGCGAAAAGGAACAUAAGCUGUCGGUGGCAUUCGUUUUAAGGACGAAAUAGACACAAACAUACAGUGCUCAGCAUAUAUAAGUGCACGCCCUUCAAAUCUCUCUUUGAAUUUCAUAUUUUUAAUAGGAAGCUAUAAAAUAUUAUAUUUGUGCGUAUACAUUAGAUUAGUCAGUACUGAAGCCAGAUCGGGAGCUUAUCUAACAAAAUAACUUAUGAUAACGGUCCAAAAACUAGUUGUAGGGUACAUGUGACCAUUAUGCUUAAUUCACAAGUCCUGACACGUAGUAGUGCUCUUACAUUCGAUCAAGACACGAGAGUCCAUCUAAUUCAAUGUAUCUUCGUUUUAUUUUCACAUCAGAUAUCCACACGUGCCAAUGUUGUCAAAAUCCACUCACAUACAACUUGUUUGUUCCAGCCUGAUGAACAAUGACUCCAAUAUUUCACUUCUACGGUCAAAAGCUUGUGCUCUCCCACUUCUGCCCAUCGCACAAAAAACUCACGUGUGUCACACAAACUGUGGGAACUAUAUGAAGCAUACUACACAUGCGCAGUAGAAAGUAACUCAAAGUAUAUGACAUGCAAAUAGCAAGAACAUAAGAAGUAUAUAAAAA